AUGGCCGAUGUCGCUGUACCGAACGGCAAUGCUACCGGGUCAGACUGGCCAAACCGUUAUUUUCACGUUGAUCAGAUCCUGGAUACAGCAGGCCCACGAACGGACGACAGCUUCAGUGCCGGCGAAGGGGUGAAGAAAUUUCUCCGGACAGAGUGCAAGAUUCUCGUCAUCGGUGCAGGAGGACUUGGCUGCGAGAUUCUGGCCAACCUCGCGCUCACCGGGUUCAAGGACAUACAUGUCAUCGAUAUGGAUACAAUUGAUAUCAGUAACCUCAACAGACAGUUCCUCUUCAGACCGAAGGACGUCGGUCACCCGAAGGCGACUGUGGCGGCGGAGUUCAUCAUGAAGCGUGUGCCGGGAUGUAAGGUCACUCCAUACUUUGGCAAGAUCCAGGACAAGGACGAGUCGUACUACAUGCAGUUCAAUAUCAUCAUCUGUGGCCUCGAUUCGAUAGAGGCGCGUAGAUGGAUCAACGCCACACUGGUUAACAUGGUGGAUGAGAACAAUGGCGAGUCUCUGAAGCCACUCAUCGAUGGUGGAACCGAAGGCUUCAAGGGUCAAGCCCGAGUCAUCUUACCGAGGAUAACCUCUUGCUACGAAUGUUCACUCGACAUGCUCAACAAGCCCACCGCUUUUCCUAUCUGCACUAUCGCGAAUACCCCUCGUCUUCCAGAACACUGUAUAGAAUGGGCUUCAGUGCUCGAGUGGCCCAAGGUCCAAGGCGACAAGAAACUGGACACCGAUGACCCUGAUCAUAUCACCUGGCUGUAUACCGUCGCUGCCGCACGAGCCAAGGAGUUCAAGAUCGAAGGUGUGACUUGGUCGCUGACGCAGGGUGUGGUGAAGAACAUCAUCCCGGCCAUCGCAUCGACAAACGCCAUCAUCGCAGGCAUGUCUUCGUGUUGUACCGAGGCCUUCAAGAUUGCGACCACAUCGGCUGCUUACCUUAACAACUAUUUCAUGCUCAUCGGUACCGAUGGUGUGUACUCGUACACCUUCGAGCAUGAGAAACGUAAAGACUGUCCUGUUUGCGGUGGAGAGUCCUUGAAUGUCGAAAUUCCGGCAGACUGGACGGUUGAAAGACUGAUUGAGAUGCUCGUUGAGCGACAAGACAUUCAAAUCAAGAAGCCUUCACUAGCUAGCGAUAAACCCAUCUACUUCCAGGGCCCUCCCCAACUCGAGCAGGCCACUCGGCCCAACUUGGAGAAGAAGGUUUCGGAGGUGCUCAACUCAUCGUCUACCAUUAACGUCACCUCCACGUCUCUGCCAUUCAGUCUCAACCUGUCCGUCACUUUUGUCUAG